CGAACUAUAUUUAAAGGCGGAGCAAUCCCAUCUACUUAUGUAGUGUGCGCUUAAGCGAGUAUGAACAAUCAGCGACUAAAGAGAUUACACCGAAUUUACCGUAAUAGGUCAAUUGACUGUUGAUUGAGACUUGAAUCACAGAAUGUAAAUUAUCACAAUGAAGCGUAAAUUGGAGGGAGAAGAUUCUUCCUCUCCACAAACUUCUGACACAGAAAACAGUUGUAGUUCUAUAGUAACCAACAGCAGCUCAGAUGUACCACUGGACAGAAUCCAAGAUUUUCCCUCGAAGAGGAAGAAAGCAAAGAAGUCUGUCAAGUUCCAGGGAGUCACUGUGUUUUACUUCCCUAGAAUUCAGGGCUUCACCUGCAUCCCCAGUGAAGGGGGAUCAACUCUUGGGAUGUCAGACAAACAUCUUUAUAAAAAGGACUUUUCUUUACAAGAACACUACUCUGAACAAAAGAGAAUUCACAAGUUAUACUUGGAGGACCAGAAGCGUCAGGGAAAGAUAGUUCCCGACUUUCUGAUGGAAGACGGGAGUAGUGAGGAAGAAGACUCCGACUAUGAAGAAUCUGAUGACUAUUAUUUUCUCCAACCGCUGUCUAUAAAGCAGCGCCGCGUUACGCUGAGGCAGUCAGGCGUUAAAAAAAUUGACAGUACAGAGAAAGAUUUCUGUAAGAAAGUGAGAAUUUCUCGUGAAUUUUGUGGUUGUGAUUGCAAUAUUUUUUGUGAUCCAGAGAGUUGUGCAUGCAGUCUGGCUGGCAUUAACUGUCAGGUAGACAGACAGUCAUUUCCAUGUGGAUGUUCGAAGGAAGGCUGUGGAAAUCCCGUAGGUCGUAUAGAAUUUAAUCCACUAAGAGUAAAGACACAUUUCAUUCAUACUAAAAUGAGACUGGAACUUGAAAGGCAGGACACUGAUAUUCCAGUCACAGGAAAAGUGGAGAGUUCGAAAGAGGAUGAAGAAAAUCUUUCAGAGUCCGACAUAUCUAGUGAAAACAACUCUCAAAAGGUAAUUGACUUGAGCGAGUUUAAUAGCAAUGAGCUCGGAAGUUGCCGUGAUUGUCAGAAUUGGGAAGUGUGCAAUGUCAUGAUGCAGGAAGUGGAAAAUGCAGAAGCAGAGCAACAGAGAGCUGUAAUGAAUAUCUACAGCAAUGCUUCGCAGCAGAUGACGGAAAUCUCCAACACUCUACCAACGAGUGUCUUAAUGUUUAAUGACAAUGAAAAUGAUCUUUAUCGUUCUGAGAAUGGUCCACCAUAUUAUCCAUAUAAACGAGAUGGAAGCUACUCAGGAACUGAAGCCUGUUCCAAUGAAAAUACACCAAGCUAUGAUGAGAGAACAGAGUUUCCCAAAACUUAUCAGACUCUAUCAUCAUAUGGGAAUUCUGUUGGCUGCGGUAGUACUGGAUAUUGUGACAAUGAUGACAAGACCAAAUCGUCGUAUCAGCAGAAUGGCCAUUAUUACCCAAAGUUCAUCAAUGCUGUGAAUCCCACCAGCCUCGAAUACAAAGUUGAUUCAUCUUACUCUGACAUACAACAUUUUGAUUGGGAGCAACAUAAAUUGAUGCAAAUUCAGGUGCAACAGAAUUCUUUAAACCAAAAUGCUUGCAGUUACACAACCAUGACAAACACCACUAGUGACAAAAUUGCCGAGGCUUGUCCUGGCAUCUCCUCGCAUAUCAGUAGCAACAACAAUCUGGAUCAUUGUGCAACACCUGUUGAUGAAUAUUCAGAGAGUUACAAUUGUGAGACCAAUAUUGUCACUGGCAAGACGUAUUUGAACCUUGACGGCAACAUGACCCCCCAGGAACCGAAAAUGGAUACCAUUGCAACUAGAACGCAGUCUCAUUCGGGACUAAUGGAAAUCAAUUGUCAGACAGGAGGAAGCUCCAAUUUUGGUGAAAUUAUCAAGGAGUCCCUGGUGGAAACAGUGUCAGCAUAAAGAUUAUAUUUUCAUCAAGAAAUUUCUCCCCCAAAUAUUCUAUGUGCUAAUAAAAUUUUAGUGUUUAAUUUAAAAACCUACAUUUGCCAGUUUAGUGCUUCUUGUGUAUCAUGUAUUAGUAGUAGUAUUAUGAAACGUUGUUGGAAGUUUUUUUUGCAAUGUGCAAAAUUUGAUUGAUCUCUAGAAGUUGCUUUUAUCAUUUUCUUUUAUCUACUUACAUGAACACAGGCAAGCCAUUUCAUGCAUACUCUUGUCAUAAACAUUUACGUCAUAUUUUGUAUUCAUAUAUAUGUGUAUAUAUAAACAUGAUAAAUAUAUAUAUUGGUGUUUGUACAGUGUUUUAAUGUAUGACAAAAAAGAGUGGCAAGUUUCUAAGUCAUGAUCUGAUAUGCAUUUACUUUUUAUUUUUAAAUAGAUUUUACAUAUACUGUACUUUGUAGGUUGAAAAUACAAUCUGCAGUAAAAUGGUUGUAUUUUAGUGUGUUUUGAUGAGAUGAAGAUACAUAUAUUGAACAAAUAUUUCUGUAUCCUUUAUUUAAGUUUUUAAGAGUUAAUUUUAUGCAUUUUUAGUAGUGUUACAUGUAACAAAUAGUGCACUUUAGUGGAUUUUUAUUUUAUUGAUAUACAAAGACUGUAUGAAUUUUUAAUGAACAAUCUCCUUUUGCUUUAAUAAUUAUGCUUUACUGUGUCUGAGUUAAAAGAAAAGAUCGUGAUAUAUUACAAAUUAAUGUGGUAAUAUUUUUAGCUCACCUGAGUUGAAAACUCAAGUAAGCUUUUCUUUUCACCCAUUGUCCAUCGUCCGUCAUUAUGUAAACUUCUCACAUUUUCAACUUUUUCUCAAGAACCACUGUGCCAAUUUUAACCAAAGUUGGUACAAAGCAUCCCUAGAUGAAGGGGAGUUUAAAUUGUGAAAAUGAAGGGCCAAGCCCCCUCUCAAGGGAAGAUUAUCAAGAAAAAAACAAAAAUUUGGUGGGGUCAUUCAAAAAUCUUCUUCUCAGGAACCACAGGGCCAGAAAAGCUGAAACUUAUGUGGAAGUUUCUUGAGUUAUUGUAGUUUAUAAAUUGUUCAAAUCAUGCCCCCAGGGAUUGGGUGGGGCCACAAUAGGAAAACAGUUUUACAUUGAAAUAUAUAGGAAAAAUCUUUAAAAAUUUUCUACCCAAUAACCACUGGACCAGAAAAGCUGAAUUUUUUAUGGAAGCUUCCUGAGGUAGUGUAGAUUCUAAAUUGUUCAAAUUAUGACCCCUGGAGGUAGGGUGGGGCCACAAUAAAUAUUACAAGAGGGAAAAUCUGGUGAAGAACAGCAGGGCCAAAGUUACUCAGGUGAGCGUUGUGGCCCAUGGGCCUCUUGUUUUUCUCUUGCCUUGUAUUUUUAUUUUUUUUUCUUUGAAGCAUUUAGUGAAGUCUCACACUUUCAUUAAAGGUACUAUCUUGACACACAGUUUUGAAAAUGUCAGGUGCAUGAAAGUUCUGUGAAAAAAGUUCUCCAUUAUAUACCUGGUAUAUAGUUGCUAUCAAGCAAUGUGUUUAAUUAAUCAGUGGAAUCUUUCAGCCUGGAACUUUUCUGCUACAGAUACAAACAGUGUAUUUCACAAUUUAAAAUUACAACCAAAUGAAAAAUUACAACUAAAUGCAGACUGUUUUCCCAAUUAAACUUUGGUCAGUUUUCUUUAAAAAAUCCCGAAAUUUUCUCCAUUAAAGGUUAAUUCAAAUACUGGUAGUCGUUUUUUCCUAAUUGAAAAAAACAAAAGUAGCUUUGAAAAUCUUGUGUUAAAAGUCCUUGAUGUAUGUAUGCCUAAAUUAGUAAUGAACAAUGAAAUGAUUAUGGAAGAGAUGUGCAAUUGAGAUGAUUUGAACAAUUAAACUGUUAUAUAUUUCAUGCAUUUAUUUUCGGAGGUCAUAUACAGAUCCUACGCAGUCGGUUCAUGUAUUUUUCUGAAUUGAAAUGUUCCGAUAUGAUAAUGUCCAAUCAUAUACUUUUAGAAAUUCAUUUUUCUCAUCACAAAUUUUCUUAUUUCAUUUUUUAAUAGGUUUAUCCAGGAGUGCCAUAUCACAUUGUUAUUUAACUCACUGUUUGCUGGGGCUUUAAAAAAAGUUUUGAAAGUAUUAUCUACUGCAAAAAAUAUUAGAAAGUAAAAACUACAGUUUCAGUAAUAUUUUUCGUACAUUAAUCUGGUGCCAAAGAUGCGGCAGCAGCAGUGAUGUUGCUGUGUUGCUUCUACUUCAUGUCACUGAAGCCACAAGAACAAAGUUGACUAUUUUAAUAAGAUUGAGAUUUUUCCCCAUUUUGAUUUUUUUCUCUUAGUUGGAGAACAAUUUGUAUCCUACACAAUUCAUUUUUUUUCUAUAAGAGUAUUGUUUUAAGUAUGUACUUUUGGUAUUUUCUUAUUUAACUGAGGAAAAGUUAUAAUAAUGUUUCGAUGCAGAGGUUGGCCGAAUAAAUUAAAUAACGUUUUGAUGCAAAGAUCUGAGUCAUAAAAAAUUGUAAUUUUUUAUAAAUUAUUUUCUGACUUUGCUGUGUGCUUGGAUCUGCUGUAUGUUUCUGCUGGAAGUAGUUUGAAUAUUCUAUAGCCAUUAAUCAUAAGUAAUGUCCCUUGAGUAAAACAUUUUCAUUUUUCAAAUUGUCAUUAGAGGUUGAAGUACAUACAACUUAUCAGAAAAUAUGUAUUUUGUUUAUAUAAGUAGUGGUUAUUCUUAUCAAAUUUGUGAAACUGCUUCAUACCGUAUUUGUAUAUUUUUUUUUUUAACAAAAAUUGGGCAAUGCAAUAUUGUUUAUGUAUUUCUCUAUAAAUACAGAACUUUCAUUUGUUACUUUCUCAAUCUAAGCAUUAGAGAAAUGUUGACUUCUUGGUGCUCAGUUGAAUUUAGUGUCUCUCUAACUAAAUGGUCAUUGUGGCAGAUGCCAUUAUGAUAAAUACCAAAUAUCUUCAUUUCUUGAUAGUUUUUUAAGCAUGUUUAGUAGAUUAAUAUUUCAUAUGUAUUGUAAUGUGAUGCCUCUUUAUACAAAUUAUUUGCAUUGUAAUGUGUAAGUGUUAUAUGUACAAAAAGUGCAUGUGCAAUAAAGGUCUAAAAAAGCA